AACGGAUAAGAAAGGUAGAAGAGUGAAGCAUCAUCAUCAUCAUCAUCAUCAUCGUGUAUCUCCCUUUCUCACUCUCAUCAUCACACUCUGAAGAAGAAGAAGAAGAAGAAGAAAUGAGUUUGAGUUUGGCACCUCUAACUUGCUCAAACUUGAACCUUGAUUCUUCGCACUCUCUAUUUGCUGCUACACUCAGAUCAAAACCAUACCUCUCUCUGCAUUAUCCUUAUCCACCUUCCAAACUCAUCCGAACCCGUUUUCCAAUCACUCGCGCUCAGUCUCAAAAUGGAGCUGCGGUUGCUCCUCAAGCUCAACCUCAACCUGACUCUAAAUAUGGAAGACAGUACUUCCCUCUAGCCGCUGUUGUAGGCCAAGAUGCUAUCAAAACUGCACUUUUGCUUGGGGCCAUUGACCCUGGGAUUGGAGGGAUUGCCAUAUCAGGAAAGCGAGGAACUGCUAAAACUAUAAUGGCGCGUGGAUUGCAUGCGAUACUGCCGCCUAUUGAAGUUGUUGUAGGUUCCAUGGCCAAUGCUGAUCCAUCCUGCCCAGAAGAGUGGGAAGAUGAUCUUACCGAACGUCUGGAGUAUGAUUCUGAUGGAAAUAUUAAAACUCGUAUUAUCAAGUCUCCCUUUGUUCAGAUUCCUCUUGGAGUCACUGAGGACAGACUCAUUGGAUCAGUUGAUGUUGAGGAGUCUGUGAAAACUGGAACAACUGUUUACCAGCCAGGCCUACUUGCAGAAGCUCAUAGAGGUGUUUUAUAUGUUGAUGAGAUAAAUCUUUUGGACGAGGGAAUUAGUAAUUUGCUCCUUAAUGUAUUGACUGAAGGGGUAAAUACUGUUGAAAGAGAGGGAAUUAGUUUUAAGCACCCCUGCAGGCCCCUUUUGAUUGCUACCUAUAACCCUGAUGAGGGUUCUGUUCGCGAACAUCUGCUAGAUCGUGUUGCAAUUAAUUUGAGCGCAGAUCUUCCAAUGAGUUUCGAAGACCGUGUUGCAGCUGUUGGAGUUGCUACAGAAUUUCAGGAAAACAGUGGCCAAGUAUUUAAAAUGAUUGAAGAGGAAACUGACACUGCAAAAACUCAGAUCAUCUUGUCUAGAGAGUAUCUAAAGGAUGUUACUAUUAGCACAGAACAAUUAAAAUAUCUGGUUAUUGAAGCUUUACGAGGUGGUUGCCAGGGACACAGAGCUGAGCUAUAUGCUGCCCGUGUUGCAAAAUGCUUAGCUGCUCUGGAGGGACGUGAAAAGGUUUUUGUGGAUGACCUAAAAAAGGCUGUAGAAUUGGUCAUUCUCCCCCGGUCAAUCAUUACUGAGAAACCACCAGAGCAACAAAAUCAGCCACCUCCACCUCCACCGCCUCCACAAAACCAAGAAUCUGAUGACGAACAGAAGGAAGAGGAAGAGGAAAAGGAAGAGGAAGAACAAGAGGAGGACGAGGAUAAAGAGAAUGAGCAACAGGAAGACCAAUUACCUGAAGAGUUUAUUUUUGAUGCUGAAGGGGGCUUCGUUGAUGAAAAACUCCUCUUCUUUGCCCAACAAGCACAGAGAAAACGCGGGAAGGCUGGACGGGCAAAAAAUGUCAUAUUUUCAGAAGACAGAGGCCGAUACAUCAAGCCAAUGCUUCCGAAGGGCCCUGUAAAGAGAUUAGCAGUUGAUGCAACCCUUAGAGCUGCCGCACCUUAUCAAAAGUUGCGAAGGGAAAAAGACACUGAAAGCCGUAGAAAAGUAUAUGUUGAGAAAACUGACAUGAGGGCAAAGAGAAUGGCACGUAAAGCAGGAGCAUUGGUGAUAUUUGUGGUUGAUGCAAGUGGAAGCAUGGCUUUAAACAGAAUGCAAAAUGCAAAAGGUGCUGCACUUAAGCUUCUUGCAGAAAGUUACACAAGCAGGGAUCAGGUAUCUAUAAUUCCCUUCCGUGGUGAUUCGGCUGAAGUUCUCCUGCCACCUUCUAGAUCAAUUGCGAUGGCAAGGAAACGUCUUGAAAGGCUUCCAUGUGGAGGAGGGUCCCCCCUUGCUCAUGGACUUACCACCGCUGUUAGGGUUGGAUUAAAUGCAGAGAAAAGUGGAGAUGUUGGACGGAUAAUGAUUGUUGCUAUCACCGAUGGCAGAGCUAACAUAUCAUUGAAAAGAUCAAAUGACCCUGAAGCUGCUGCCGCUGCUGAUGCCCCAAAACCUUCAGCGAAAGAAUUGAAGGAUGAAAUUCUUGAAGUGGCUGGGAAGAUAUAUAAAGCAGGAAUGUCCCUCCUUGUCAUCGACACUGAAAACAAGUUUGUUUCAACGGGUUUCGCCAAGGAGAUUGCUAGAGUUGCCCAAGGGAAGUACUAUUAUUUGCCAAAUGCUUCAGAUGCUGUUAUCUCAUCUGCAACAAAGGAAGCUUUAUCAGCUUUGAAGAAUUCAUAAAACCUAGUGAGAAUUGAGCAACCAAGCUCGACUUUUGCCUCUUUUCACCUAAUGUCAAUGUAAAUCAUGCAACUUUGUCUAAUUGGAAGGAAGCAUAUUCUAACACCAAGUUCCAUUUUUCCUUUUAUAAUCAGUUUUUUAUUAUUAUUGUAAAGUA